UUUGAACGACGGGUGCCUUCGUUUUUGCAUUAAAAGUGUGGACUCUUUACUUCGUGCCUCAUUAUUUGUUAAACUGAUGUGUUCUUAGCACCUUUCAUUAUUCUGUUAGAAUGGUUUGCUACAUCUUCAGGCCAUCUCAAUAUAAUCUUGGAUAGGGAAAGCACCGAGCCGGGAUUGUUGGGCAUGAUUCAUGAUUCAGGAGUGUGAGUGGAUUUACUGUGUUACAAAUAACAGAGCAAAAGCUGAACGCCAAGAUGGCCCUGGCCCAAGUAGAACAAGUUGUUGCAACAGCUGAAGAAGAUGAAGACUUUGGGCCAUUGCUCAUAAACAAACUAGAGAGCCAUGGCAUAGGGGCUGCUGAUGUCAAGAAGCUUAUGGAGGCUGGAUUCCACACUGUUGAGUCAGUAGCCUUUGCCCCUAAGAAGCAGCUCCUUGGAAUAAAAGGGAUAAGUGAAGCCAAGGCAGACAAAAUAUUGGUGGAGGCGGGUAAACUGGUGCCAAUGGGCUUCACCACGGCCACGGAGUUCCACCAGAAGCGGUCCGAGAUCAUCCAGAUCACGACCGGCUCCAAGGAGCUGGACAAGCUGCUGGGCGGCGGCAUCGAGACGGGCUCCAUCACGGAGAUGUUCGGCGAGUUCCGCACAGGCAAGACGCAGCUGUGCCACACGAUGGCUGUCACCUGCCAGCUGCCGGUGGACAUGGGCGGUGGCGAGGGCAAGUGCCUCUACGUGGACACGGAGGGCACGUUCCGCCCCGAGCGGCUGCUGGCCGUCGCCGAGCGCUACGGCCUCAGCGGCGCCGACGUGCUCGACAACGUGGCGUACGCGCGCGCCUACAACUCGGACCACCAGACCCAGCUGCUCAUCCAAGCGUCCGCCAUGAUGGCCGAGUCCAGGUACGCGCUGCUGAUCUGUGACAGCGCCACCUCGCUGUACCGCACCGACUACAGCGGCCGAGGCGAGCUGUCGGCGCGCCAAAUGCACCUGGCGCGCUUUCUGCGCAUGCUGCUGCGGCUGGCCGACGAGUUCGGCAUCGCCGUGCUCAUCAGUAACCAGGUGGUGGCGCAGGUGGACGGCGCCGCCAUGUUCGCCGCCGACCCGAAGAAGCCCAUCGGCGGCAACAUCAUGGCGCACGCCUCCACUACCAGGCUGUACCUGAGGAAGGGUCGGGGCGAGACCCGGAUAUGCAAGAUAUACGACUCGCCGUGUCUGCCCGAGGCCGAGGCCAUGUUCGCCAUCAACGCCGACGGCAUUGGCGACGCCAAGGACUGAGCGGCGCGCGCCCGGACAAUGUGUCUGCUCUGUACGGACGGCCGGUGUUUGGCUCUCCUUGGACGCUGGAGCGUGUAGACUCGGGUGCCGCCGGUGGAGCCGAUGCCGCAGGGAGACACCGGACGCGACGGUUCGGGAGGACCGCGCGUUGUCACCCUCGGGCGCCAUGGAGCGCCGGGCGCCGCGGCAGCCGUGUCCAGUGACGGUGAUGCUCGGCCUGGAGACGGAGGAUUUGUGGUGUAGGAAUUGAGGUAUAUUAGGCUGUUCCCGGGCCCGCUGUUUCAAGGAAACGGUGAGUGGGACAGAGUGCCGGAGCCGCUCGGUGCACAUGGAAGCUUGAUCUGUAGCUUUCCAUACGAUUGUGUGCUGUUUGCCACGGUUGGUCGCACCCACUUUUGUCUGAUGUAUAAACCGAAAAUGUUUUUGCCGAACAGAUGCAUUCCUCCCAAACGUUCACUGGGCUCAGCUCGGCCACCGCACUGUGCAUAGUGUUCUUGAUGUCUGUGUGUCGGGCGUACACCCGUGAUGUGUUCCGUGUAGCCAAGGAGCUGGAAGGCUGCACUCUGCGAGUGUCACGUGUUUUAUGCAUCUGGGAAUAUAGAGAAAUCCAGGCACGUCUGUUUUCGUCCGCGUUGUACUGUCAGUAUCCUUUUCGUUAUU